CAUAGCCACAGUGAGCACGCCGACAUCUUGCGCGGCUAAGGCCGAGGUGUUGCGAAAAAGUUGUCCGGCUAUAAGGGGAUCUAGUUUUUCUUCACACUUUGCGCUCGUAGUUAUGAGUGAAGUAAAUGUAGAUGUAGCCACAAAGGAUCCUACAGGAGCAUGGAGAAAAUUAUUGCCAACACAGAAGGUGGAAGAAUUAAAGCUUGUUGAUCCAAGCUGUCCAGUUACAGAUGGCCAUCUGCGUUUUGUGUGUAUAUCCGAUACACAUAACAAGAUAGAACAGCAUGGCCCAUCAUAUAUUCCAGAUGGUGAUGUUCUGUUGCAUGCAGGAGAUUUUUCAAGGAUUGGAUUACCCAGAGAGAUAGAAUAUUUCAACAAUUACUUAGGGAGUCUCAAGCACAGGCUGAAAAUUGUGAUAGCAGGAAAUCAUGACCUUACAAUGGACACAUACCUUGUGGAGAACAAAAGAGAAUAUCUGAAGAAUACUUUUGGCAUCAGACAGGAGGAUUUUGAAGAUUACCUCAAGUCAUCUAAACUUGAGACCUCAAGGCAGCUGCUAACCAACUGCAUUUACUUACAGGAUGGCCUUACCAUCUGUGGCAUUAAAAUCUAUGGUUCACCUUGGCAACCUGAAUUUUGUGGCUGGGGUUUCAACCUGGACAGAGGAGCUCCUUUGCUGGAGAAGUGGAACAUGAUUCCAAGCCAGACAGAUAUUGUUAUGACACAUGGGCCGCCACUAGGUCAUGGAGAUUUAUGUUUGGGAGGGCUAAGGGCAGGUUGCGCUGAACUGCUGAAGACAAUACAGGUCCGAGUUAAGCCACGGUUUCACAUUUUUGGGCAUAUUCAUGAAGGUUAUGGGGUGACAAGUGAUGGCUUUACAAAAUUUAUCAACGCCUCUACUUGCAAUCUGAUGUACAAAGCUACUAACCCACCCAUCGUCUUUGACUUUCCUAUUCCUAAUGGCCAUUCUAAAGAUGAAAUCCAGACAAUACCAAGUUGUAACCUAGGUGAGACAUAUUCUGUGUAAUAAAAGCAACCAUAGAUAUAUGAAUAGCUGGUCUAGACUCCUAUUUAGCAAUCUAAUUUCACCUACAAUUCAUGGUGUUCAUUUGCAGCUGUUUUACUUACAUUUACGAUUUGGUGUUACUUUCUUACUUAAUAAAUUGUAGUAACUAUUACAACAAUGCAGACUGGAAAGAUGGCCAAUGCCUGUUAAUGACCUUACUCAAGGGCUUUACAAUAGAAGAUGUCCAUUUCCGCUUUUUUUUUUUUUUUUUGCAUUUUGAAGAUGGUAGUAAGAAGUCACCUGUUUUUAGCAGGAAAUGAGUCUUCAAUAUUGCUUUUAUUUCUGAUCAUUAUUUGAUGUAAAAUCUCAUUAUGUUCUCAUCAUACUAUUAGCUAAAUUGUCAGUUCAAUUUUUGUGUUGUGUGCAACAAAUGGCAGCAUAGUGUUGUCACUGAUGUGUGUAUUACAACAUGUAGCUAAUGUAGUUUUCUCCCCUUAGGAUUAGGUGGUAAAACUUUAUGAUGUAAAAGUAAAUCGGUGUGGGUAAGAAAUAAAAAGGAGGUAGAUAAGAAAAGGAGAAGAGAGUGGGCAGAUAGGAGAAGUGGAAGUGAAUGAGAAGUAACCAUGUGGAUUCUGCAUGAAACUUAAUGGCUGUGCUAGAUUUUAAAUCAAUCUAAUGGGCCUGGGAUAGCGUAGUUUGGGCUCUCUUAACUUCUGUGUGGUUUUCGCUUGACUAUAAUUUAAUGGCUGUGUGCUGAUUUCACCUUUUCCAACUCAUGAGGUGCAAUGUGCGGUUUUAGCCUGACUUAAAACUGCUGUGUGCUGGUUUUACCUUCCCCAUCUUCUCUGAAGCGACUGUGUGAUUUUUGCCUUAUCUUUAUAUUACUAUUUAAUGCAUUUACCAGAGGUUCACUUGCUGAUAUAUUUUUUUCGUUGUGCUAUUUAGGUGGAUAUAACCCCUAGGACUUUAAGUAGUCCAUGUGUGUGCAUUAAUAUUUCUCUUGGGCCCAGAAAUUAUAUAUAUGUGUGUUUGGACAGCCUAUAGGCAAUUGUUUGUGCUAAGAACACCUGGGUGACUGUGUGUGCACGACACUAGUGUUAGAGACAAACAUCCUCUGUUCAAGCCAUUUCAGUCUCACAUCCUCUGAAUCUGGAUAGACAUAUAUAGACGUGACAGUGACUGGGCAAAGAUUUGAGCAGGUUGAUGGAAUAGAGUUCAUCAGCAUCUGCUUAAGCUUGAGGGAAUCUUUCACAGACCACAUUGACUAUCUAGCAAAAUCUAAGGAAGCCUAGAGUAGGUUAUAUAUGCUUUAUAAGUUGUGCUUGUUUGGCAUCGAGACUGAGACUUUGAAGAUAUUUACAACUGCUUCAUUGAAGGUCUGCUCACCAUCUCGUUCCUAGUUUGGUUAUAUACCUGUCAAUAAAAGAGAUGUUGGUCAUGAUCAUCCAGCUGUUCGACAAACUGAUCAGUGCAUAGUUGUGCAGUCCAGAUGACAGUUUCUGUCAGUGCUACACAGCCUACUGUAGAAAAAUUGUCCUGGAUGAUGGGUACUCCUUGCUCAUCACUUUUAUAUUCCUACCCUCCUCCAGAGGCAUUAGAGUUCCCAUGUUAAAAUGAAAAAGGUACAGCACCAGCUUCAUUCCCUCGGCUAUAUGACUGCUGUAAAUGUAUAGUAGUUCCUUAUUUAUGUAUAUAUUUGGUUUUGUGAUACACAUAAGCAUAUAAGAUGGGUGCAUUUGUGUGUGCAUCUAAAAGAGACAUAAGUUUUGCAUGUGAGUGUGAGCAUACUGGUGUAGUGGUUAUAAGUGUUUGGGAUUGUGGCUUGCCAUUACCUAUGCAUUUAUGACUGGGCUAUGAUGAUUUGUUUUUCUCCAAGCCAUUCUUUCAGAGCAUGAAGAUUUACUCCACACAAAUAUUUGUCAUUGUACAUAUUGACAUAAUAAAGUUGCUUUUAAAUAUGUUA